UGUUUGAGUGUGCUCCGCGCCGCCUCAAGAGUCCUGCGGGACUGAAAGUUCGAGUGAAGUUGGUCCAGUCAGACCGGAAGCCGCUACCUGAGGCUGUUGUGUCGCAAAGCGUUGUCGCGUGCUGGCUACAACCCGUUAAAGAAACCUUACCGCUCAGGGACUGUCUGCUAUUGAGAAACGAGACGAGAGAAGGGAAAGUCCGCUGAAUCAUCAUCGAAGUUAACGCAGCGGCAUGGCUCUCAGUAUUCAUCCGUGUCUGCUCCGCUGCCAACCGAUCCAGUCAAGAAGUCAGGACGGUCUCCAUUUGUUGCAGGGCAAUUGCAAUUGCUUAUUGAUUCCGCACUGAGGUGGCGUGUCCUUUGCCAAGUCCAACGUGUGUACUGUACACACGCACUUAGACACGUUCACUUACAAAUAACCAUGUUUGUAAACACAUCCUGUGACAAUAUCACCAUUGUGGCAGUGGAUGGCAAGCCAGUGACCAGUAUCGUCAUGUUUGUGGCUGGUGUGAUAGGCAACCUUCUGGCUCUCUUCAUUCUGGUAGUGCACCAGAAGGAGCAGCGUGCCAAAUCUUCUGUCUUCUGUAUUCUGGUGACCGGCCUGGCCCUCACUGAUCUGUUGGGCACCUGCCUCCUUAGCCCACCUGUCUUUAUCUGCUAUGCCCGCCAACUGUCUCUGAUAGGCCUGACGGGCAACCAUCAGCUCUGCAACCUCUUUGCUUUAGCCAUGACUUUCUUCGGCCUGGCACCCAUGCUCAUCCUGUGUGCCAUGGCUGUGGAGCGCUGCCUUGCCAUCAGCCACCCUUAUUUAUACUCUAAAUAUGUACGCCGCAGCUUUGCAAAGGUUGCCCUGCUCCUCAUUUACUUGUUCACCUCUGCCUUCUGUCUACUGCCGUUCUUGGGCUUUGGGCGCCACCGGCAGUAUUGUCCUGGGACCUGGUGCUUCAUUGACAUGAAGGCGGAUGGAGAGGAGGACGAUGGAUGGUUGCUGGCCUUUUCCUUAUUGUACUCCUCACUCAUGGCAUUGCUUAUUAUGGCAGUGUUCAUUUGCAAUGGAUCAGUGAUUGUCAGCCUGUGCCAGAUGCACCGAAGCCAGGUCAUGCGACGCGGCUCACUCGGGUCAACAGGGAGGAAGAGAAAGAUGAGCCUGGCCUGGUUCGGACAAGGGGAAGAGGAGAUGGACCACCUGGUGCUACUGGCACUUAUGACUGUCAUCUUUGUCAUUUGCUCCCUGCCACUCACUAUGGCUGGUUUCAUCAAUGCGGUCCACCCGUUCUCUGACGACCAGAGGAACCUGACGGCAUUUCGCUUCCAUGCCCUCAAUCCCAUCGUGGACCCCUGGGUCUUCAUCAUUUGCCGCAAGUCUGUGUUCCGCCAUCUUUGCUCUCUGCUGACCUGUCAGUUCACCAGGGGGGCCGUGAAGAGCACAGCCCACUGUGCCCUCUCGCUACACCCGGACCACCACUCACAGGUCAGCCCCACAGACUCCAUGGUGCCGUAGCCUAUGGUAUAACUCUGGCCGUCCUCUGGGGCAAGCCACAAACGGUCGGCUGAAGACUGGAACAAACUAGUCUGACCUACUUCCUAAUGUCAAGAUGUGUUGUUGCAACCAGAGUACAUUAAUAGCAGUUCGACCAAUCGCUGGAUGAAGUUAGACCUGACAGGUAUGAACUCAUAAUUACUUGAGGAUGUGAGAGCAGCAUGCGACUCGACACGCAGACCGUCCAAGUCAAGUCCACAAAAUACAGAGGAGUGUGUUUAAUGUACGUGGUGUCACACUGGACGUUGGAAAGGGUUUUAUGAAGUUCAGGAGGUGUAAGCGUCGCCGCUUACUGCCAACCUUAGCAAGUGAACUUGAAAUUUAGCCAUGCAUGACAACGCUCCUGCACUGAUUUAUUUCACUAAAGGCCUAAAGGACUUUCAUGAAGAAGCGUAUUCAACAGAAAUGCCCACCCCGUGUUCAUUAUGGCUAUUGUCUGGAUUAUGGUAGGACAUGAUUGCACAAGGUCUUAUACUUAAGUUGAUCGGUGGACACUGUAUGAAUGUCUGUGGUGAGAAUGGUAUCAUAAAAGAAACAGUUAUGCUACUUAUUAAGCCAUUAGUACAAUGUCAGGUCAAGAUACACAUCAAACAUCAAUCGUUUCCAUCAAAAUAUUACUGAAUUGUAUGUGCACUAGGGUA